UUCUCAUCUAAUUGGCUAAGCUUCUUUUCCUCCGGCCCCAAGAAGAUGUAGUCUUUACGGAACCUCUGAGCACAGAUCUGAUAUGUUGACGGUCAAAAGCAACUUUUCUAGUAUUUGUUUGAUGCUGAGUUUUAUAAUUUCUUCUCUUUAAAUCCAAAAUCGAAUUUGAUUUAAUUUGUGUAGACCAAGAUUUUGAUGAAUCGUUUACUACUACAGUCCCCCAAUUUUAUGAAUCUGGUUAUCUUCCUCUUCAUCUAGUCAGAGAUUGGAAUUCAUCUUGAGAACUACCAGUCAAACUUCCUAUUGCAGACGAAUUUGACAACCCAGGUCAGAGGCUGGGUCACCUAACUGAAAACUGCAUUAACAUUUUUCUUCUCACCCAUCCAAGAAUGCAAUCUCCAGAUCCCAUUCUUCCACCCCCUCCUCAUAACACCCCUGAGCUUGAGGAAAAUUACACUGAAGAGGAAAGAUUCAAUGUGGAUAUAGAUGCUCCAGAAUCUGAUUGGAGUGACUGGAGCCUUGAAGUUCAUCCCUCUGCUGCAUCUUCAGGCCAAGACCAAUCUGCAAUAUCUUUUUCGGAAGGGUGACAUGAUUCUGAGGGCUACAACCAAAGAGGAUUCAACUCUAAUAUGUCUACUGAUUCGGAAAGAACUGUCCCAGAUGAAUUGGACGAAUGGAAUAUCCAUGAUAACAACAUCCACAACAACCCAGUUGGUGAAUCCAUUGCAGUACCAAGACGAAUUCAGGAAUCAGAAGACGCAACUCAUGUGCAACACCAAAUCUCUUCUAGUCAUGUCAAUUUCUUAACUUCAGAUAUUGAUUCUGAAUUUGAAAUUGUUUCGGAUUCAUUCUCAAGCUCCCCAACCAGCAUAGGUGGACCUGGUCAGAAGAGAUUGAAUCCUGAGCAGCAAGCUUUCCUUCACAACAGUGGUAUUGGCACUUCAUCUGCUCAUUCCAGUACUCGAGGGGUUUCCAAUGAAGAAGUUCAACAAUGGAAGGCCCUUGACUCUCCAGCUAAGAGACUCAAAACUGUUGCAGCUGAUCAAACUAGCAACCUUUGCCAUGACAUCAAACUCAGCAGCAACAAUACCAGUAGCAGUAGCGAAAAAACUUUCAGCAUCAACACUACAACAUAUCAACAUAUCAUCUUUUAACAUAUGUGCAUCAUGAAUGACUUAUCUUGGGGCCGGUGGAAUCCUCAUUUCAUCCAUCUUUUUGGGUUUUAGUUUUAUAAUUAGGCUUUACUGUUUUCUAUAUCUGGGAUUUCAGUGGAAUCCUCAUUUCAUCCAUCUUUUUGGGUUUUAGUUUUAUAAUUAGGCUUUACUGUUUUCUAUAUCUGGGAUUUCAGUGUCUGUAUUUCGCAUCUUGUAUUUCCUAAAUAUAUUUGCAUAUCAUGAUAACAACCUACUAGGUCAUCUUAUUUUUAGGUCACGUUUAUUUUGAGUCCUUUUUUAGUAAUAUCUUAUCUGUGUGGGUUUUGAACUCCCUGGAUACAAGAAGCUCUCUUUUUAGUAGUGUGUUAUUCCUAUAUUACUAAGGGUGUUUUAAUAGAGUCAGUUCUGUAUGUGUCUGUCCUUUCUGUUCUGCAGAGGGCUUUUGGGCUUGUUUAGCAUAAAUUAUAAUAGUCUACUGAGUGUACCUUUUUCUCUCUUCCUAAGACCUCUAAAGCUCGUUCUUGUA